AUGAUGAGCAAAGAUCGAGCUGAUAUCGGCCGUGAGAGCCGUCCGUCGAGCGAGGAGAAGACUUCCGCCCAAGGCUUCCUCUGGCUGUUCCCUAACUGGCUUCUGCUGCUCUGCCCUGCCGCCGUCCUAGCCGACUCUUCCACUUACUCUUCUUUACUCUACUCUUACUUACUACUAUCACUACUGCUAUCACUCUACUAUUGCUGCUGCUGCUUUACUGUCUGCGCUCUUCUCUCGUCUGUGUAUCAUGAUGGCCUCCAAAAGAAGUGGGUCUUUUUUUCCUUUUUUUUUCUUUUCUUUUCUUCUUCUUUUUAUUUUUUCAGCGCUAGUCCCGAUCGAGUUUUACCGCGGAUACGCCUUGGAGCUCCCUUGGGUCGCCUGUAUCCUUACGCCUCCUUACCAAAGUUACUCACCUUUCGAGUGUCGUCUUAUGUGGGCGUCUUACCAUACCUUACCGGGGCAGCAGGCGGUCGCACCCACUUUUCAUUUCUCCUGCUGGCGCUGCUCGGCUUCUCUUCUUAUAUCUUGCUCGCCCUCGCUCUUUUUCCUGCCUCUCUCUUCUUCCCUCCUCCUCCUUCUCUUCUUCUUCUUCUUCUUCUUAACCCGCCAUCCUCUCUUCUCCCCCUUGCGUCUCCCCUUCUUCUCUCUCUUCUCGCCCUCUCCUCCCUUUCUUCUUCCUCUCUGCAAUUCCAGCCAGUCACUGCGACUGCGACUGCGUCUUCUUACGACCAGCUAACGACCGAACCUCACGACCACCCCACGAAGAAAAAAAACCCACUUUCAAUUCAAAUAAGAAAGAAAGAAAACAAGUCAUUCGCAAUGGCCGACCACGCAGCCCAGGGGCAGGGCCAGCCUGUCCCGCCAAACCAUCUCGGCACUGCUGUUCCCAGCGGCCAGUUCGGCGGCGAGCACAAGGAUGAGGUCCAGCAGCACCAGCAGCAGCAGACCUCGGCCGCGUUCGACGAGAAGAAGGGCGCCAUGCCCGAGGACGACGAGGAGGACGAGGACAUGGAUCAGCUCAUUGCCGACCUCGAGUCUCAGGACGGCCACAUCGACGAGAUCGACGAGGAGGACGAUGACCAGCCCGGUGGCGAGCGUCCCGUGCCGGACGAGCUGCUGCAGACCGACACCCGCACCGGUCUGACCGACGCCGAGGUCACCACCCGCCGCAAGAAGUACGGUCUCAACCAGAUGAAGGAGGAGAAGGAGAACCUCAUCCUCAAGUUCUUCUCCUACUUUGUCGGACCCAUCCAGUUCGUCAUGGAGGCCGCCGCUAUUCUUGCUGCCGGUUUGAGAGAUUGGGUUGACUUUGGUGUCAUUUGCGCCCUUCUCUUGCUCAACGCCUGUGUUGGUUUCAUCCAGGAGUUCCAGGCCGGUUCCAUUGUCGACGAAUUGAAAAAGACCCUCGCCCUCAAGGCUGUCGUUCUCCGUAACGGCCGUCUUGUUGAAGUCGAAGCUCCCGAAGUCGUUCCCGGUGAUAUCCUCCAGGUCGAAGAAGGAACUAUCAUUCCUGCUGAUGGCCGUGUUGUGACCGAAGACGCUUUCCUCCAGGUCGACCAGUCUGCCAUUACCGGAGAGUCUCUCGCUGUCGACAAGCACAAGGGAGACCACUGCUACGCUUCCUCCUCCAUCAAGCGUGGUGAGGCCUUCAUGGUCGUCACCUCCACCGGUGACAACACCUUCGUUGGUCGUGCCGCCGCCCUCGUCAACGCUGCCUCCGCCGGAAGCGGUCACUUCACCGAGGUCCUCAACGGAAUUGGAACUGUCCUGCUCAUUCUCGUCAUCUUCACCCUGCUCGUUGCCUGGGUUGCCUCUUUCUACCGCUCCAACGGCAUCGUCACCAUCCUCGAGUUCACCCUGGCCAUCACCAUCAUCGGUGUCCCCGUCGGUCUGCCCGCUGUCGUCACCACCACCAUGGCUGUCGGCGCUGCUUACCUCGCCAAGAAGAAGGCUAUCGUCCAGAAGCUCUCUGCCAUCGAGUCCCUCGCUGGUGUCGAGAUUCUCUGCUCUGACAAGACCGGAACCCUGACCAAGAACAAGCUCUCUCUCGCUGAGCCCUACUGCGUCUCUGGUGUCGACCCCGAGGACCUCAUGCUCACUGCCUGUCUCGCUGCCUCCCGCAAGAAGAAGGGUAUCGAUGCCAUUGACAAGGCCUUCCUCAAGUCUCUCCGCUACUACCCCCGUGCCAAGUCCGUCCUCACCCAGUACAAGGUCCUCCAGUUCCACCCCUUCGACCCCGUCUCCAAGAAGGUCUCUGCCGUCGUCGAGAGCCCCCAGGGUGAGCGCAUCAUCUGUGUCAAGGGUGCUCCUCUCUUCGUUCUCAAGACCGUCGAGGAAGACCACCCCAUCCCAGAGGACAUUGACGCCGCCUACAAGAACAAGGUCGCCGAAUUCGCUACCCGUGGUUUCCGUUCUCUCGGUGUUGCUCGCAAGCGUGGUGAGGGCUCUUGGGAGAUCCUCGGAAUCAUGCCUUGCUCCGAUCCUCCACGCCACGAUACCGCAAAGACCGUCAACGAAGCCAAGACCCUCGGUCUCUCCAUCAAGAUGUUGACUGGUGACGCCGUCGGUAUUGCCCGUGAAACCUCCCGCCAGCUCGGUCUCGGAACCAACAUCUACAACGCUGAACGUCUCGGUCUCGGUGGUGGCGGUACCAUGCCCGGAUCUGACAUCUACGAUUUCGUCGAGGCUGCCGAUGGUUUCGCCGAGGUCUUCCCCCAGCACAAGUACAACGUCGUCGAGAUCCUGCAGCAGCGUGGCUACCUCGUUGCCAUGACUGGUGACGGUGUUAACGACGCUCCAUCUCUCAAGAAGGCCGACACCGGUAUUGCCGUCGAGGGUGCCUCUGACGCCGCCCGAUCUGCUGCCGAUAUCGUCUUCCUUGCCCCCGGUCUCUCUGCCAUCAUUGACGCCCUCAAGACCUCCCGCCAGAUCUUCCACCGUAUGUACGCCUACGUCGUCUACCGUAUCGCCUUGUCUCUCCAUCUCGAGAUCUUCUUGGGUCUCUGGAUCGCCAUCCUCAACACCUCUCUCAACCUCCAGCUUGUCGUCUUCAUCGCUAUCUUCGCUGAUAUCGCUACCUUGGCCAUCGCCUACGACAACGCUCCCUUCUCCAAGACCCCCGUCAAGUGGAACCUGCCCAAGCUCUGGGGUAUGUCCGUCCUUCUCGGUGUCAUCCUCGCCAUCGGAACCUGGAUCACCCUCACCACUCUGCUCGUCGGCGGCAAGGACGGCGGUAUCGUCCAGAACUUCGGUCAGAUCGACCCCGUCCUCUUCCUCGAGAUCUCCCUCACCGAGAACUGGCUUAUCUUCAUCACCCGUGCCAACGGUCCUUUCUGGUCCUCCAUCCCAUCCUGGCAGUUGUCUGGUGCUAUUCUCGUAGUUGACAUCAUCGCCACCCUCUUCACCAUCUUCGGCUGGUUCGUUGGCGGUCAGACCUCCAUCGUCGCCGUCGUCCGUGUCUGGGUCUUCUCCUUCGGUGUCUUCUGCGUUCUCGGCGGUAUCUACUACCUCCUCCAGGGCUCCACUGGCUUCGACAACAUGAUGCACGGCAAGAGCCCCAAGAAGAGCCAAAAGCAGCGAUCUCUCGAAGAUUUCGGUAAGCCACCACCACCUCCUAACAUACUCUAUGCAUCCAUUCAGCUACUAACAUCCUCGUCUAGUUGUCUCCCUCCAACGUGUCUCUACCCAGCACGAGAAGAGCGCAUAAAUGAACAUAACCCCUAUUCCCCAAAACGCGCUAUCUUAAUCCGGAGGCUGCAUUCCCUCUUUUCUUGCCUUGUUUAA